AUGCAUUUAUGGAAAUCAUUAUUACAAUCCAAUAAAGAUAUUAGAAUUCUUUGGGGGUCAGUUUUUUUCAGAAUGGCAAAUUAUGGAUUAACAAAUCAAGUAUUAACAUUAUAUUUAAAAUCAUUAAAUAUUAAUGAAAUUAAAAUUGGUUUAUUUAUGACAUUAACAUUAAUUGGUGAUAUCAUAAUAUCUUAUUAUCUUACUUGGAAUGCUGAUGAAAAAAUUGGUCGAAGAAAUGUUAUGAUUAUGGGGACAAUAAUGAUGUUUUUUCUGGGGGUUAUUUUUGGAAUUAAUAUUGAAAUUAAUAAUGAAACAAUUCAUUUUUAUAUAUUAUUAAUAGCAGCAAUAUUUGGAGUUAUAUCACCAAGUGGUGAUGAAACUGGACCAUUUAAAUCAGUUGAAGAAGCAAGUAUAGCUCAUUUAACUCCUCAUAAUCAUCGACCAGAAAUAUUUGCCUUUUAUGGAUUAUUUGCUACUGCUGGUGCUGCUAUAGGAUCAUUAUUAUGUGGAAUAUUAAUUGAUUAUUGGAAUUUAUCAUUAGGGUUAGAUAUUGUUCAAUGUUAUCGAUACGUUUUUUUUGUAUAUUCUGGUAUUGCUUUGAUUAAAUUUAGUUUAAUGAUGGGAUUAUCAGAAAAAUGUGAGAUAAACAAUAAGUACCACAUUCCUACUACUACUACUACUUCUUCUUCUUCCAAUAAUGAAGACUCUCCUUUGUUAACAGAAGGUAAUGAAUCUUCUGAUGAUUUAGAUAAUACAUCAAUCUUAUCAACCGGUACUAAAAUAUCUAAAUUAUCAAAUAUUUCCAAAUAUUAUCUUCCUCGAUUAUUAUGUAUUUUCAUGCUUGAUUCAUUAGGUUAUGGAUUUAUGCCUAAUGCUUGGAUAGUUUAUUAUUUAAAAAUCACUUUUAAAUUAACUGCUAGUAGUCUUGGAUUAUUAUUUUUCAUAACUAAUUCAAUGGAUUCAAUAUCUUCAUUACCAUCAGCUUAUUUAUCAAAAUUAAUUGGACCAGUAAAAGCAAUAUUAUUUACUCAAAUCCCAUCAGCAAUAUUUUUUGGAUUAACUAUUAUCCCUAAAGAUUAUUACUUCAUGGUGGCAAUAUUAUUAAUAUUAUAUUUCACCACUUCAUCAAUGGAUGUUGUUCCAAGACAAGUAUUAUUGACUUCAAUAAUGCCUAAACAAGAUAUAACUAAAGUUAUGGGGAUAGUAAAUAUUGGGAAAACUUUAGCUCGAUGUAUUGGACCAAUAAUAACUGGGGAAUUGGCUAGUAUUAAUAGAUUAUAUUGGGGGUUUAUUAUUAAUUCAUGUUGUGUAUUAUUGGCAGAUAUGAUAUUAGCAAUUAAUUUUUUACAUUUGGAUCAAGAAAUAUUAUUAAAACAAAGUAUAAUUCAAGAAAUAGAAUAA